AAUGGAGUUUGACACAUGUUGUAAACAUUGAAAUUUGAAAUAUAUUUAAUAUGGCUCUUGCAGGGAAUGUUAGGAAUACGCUUCACAAGUUUAUUGAUAUAGGUGUGAAUUUGACAGACCCCAUGUUCAGAGGUGUCUAUCAUAAUUCCAAAAAACAUCAAGAUGAUUUUGAUGAUGUGGUGACAAGAGCCAAAGAUGUUGGUAUGUCAAAGAUGAUGAUAACAGGAGGCUACCUUGAGGAAUGUAAAGAGGCUUUAGAACUUGCUAAGACAAAUGAUAUGUUUUAUUGCACUGUGGGCUGCCACCCAACUCGAUGCCAGGAGUUUACCAAGAAUGACCCUGAGAAAUAUCUACAGAGUUUGCUGGAUCUGACGCUCACAAACAAAGACAAAGUGGUGGCUGUAGGAGAGUGUGGGCUGGACUAUGAUCGUCUCCAUUUCUGCCCAAAAGAAAUUCAACUAAAAUAUUUUGAGAAACAGAUGGACCUUGCAGAAACAACCAAGCUGCCCUUGUUUCUUCACAGUCGCAACUGUCACACAGAUUUCAUAGAUAUCAUCAAACGUAACCGAGAUAAAAUGUCAGGAGGGGUGGUUCACUCCUUCACGGGAACAGUAGCGGAGGCUAGGGAGAUUGUAGAACAGGACUUAUACAUAGGAAUCAAUGGAUGCUCUUUGAAAACUCAGGAAAAUAUAGAUGCAAUGUGUUCAAUACCUUCUGAAAGAUUAAUGAUAGAAACCGAUGCUCCUUGGUGUGAAAUCCGCCCAACCCAUGCUGGAUUUAAACAUAUCAAAACCACUUUCCCAACAAGGAAAAAGGAAAAAUGGGAGAAAGGAAUGUGUGUCAAAAGCAGAAAUGAACCUGCACUCAUAAUACAAGUUUUGGAGGUGAUGAGUGCAGCGAGACAAACAGACAUUGGAGAACUGGCAGAACAGUUGUAUAACAACACAUGUAGACUGUUUUUUCCAGAGUAAAAAAAAUGUGAUACAUAUUAUCCCUGCUUGUAUACAAUAUUAAUAUUUCAGUUCAGCCCAUUUCCAGACAAAUAGGCUAAUAAGACACAUUGCAAUACA